AUGGAUGUGGGCUUCAUUUAUGUCGAUGCGGAUACCGAUAUGCAUUCGCCAGUGGAUGCCGAUUGGAACGGCUACUUUGCGAGCAUGACUAUGAUGCAGCUCAUGGGACGUCCUGGGUCACUUGUUGAUUCAAACGCCGACCCUGUGCUCACUCACGACAAGCUCUGUAAUGCUCGAAACACCGUCUUCUUCGGGACAAACAUCUCCCAUCCGGGGAACCAGAAUGAGCACCUAGCUUAUCUUCACGGCGAGCAUUUCAAAGUUUUGUCGUCACAGGCGGUUGCACUCGAUCCGCACGCACGUGCGCGUGAUGCUUUGGAGCACCUGGAGUGUAAACACAAAGCUAUUUGGGUACAUCUGGACGUUGAUUCCAUCGAUCCAGGCGAAUUUCCUCUGGCAAAUAUCCUCAACUUCACAGGCGUAACUUCUACAAAAAUGAUGUUAGCCCUGGAUGUACUCCUGGCCAGCGAGAAUGUGAUUGGGUUGACAGUUGCAGAGGUCAAUCCAGAUCAUGAUCCUGGCUUGAUCCUCAUAGAAGCUCAAAAGAGUCCAGAGCUAUGGCGAGACACUCGGAGAUUUGAAGAUGGUAUUGGCAUGGGCGAGUAG